UUGAAUUCAAUAACAUAAAAGAUCAGCAUUAAUUGGUCAUCUUUGAAUAAUUGCAUUCCUGCAGGGGUGGCGCCACGGACCUGUGUAGAAACACCUCGACCCUGAUUGGCCGAUUCCCCGUCCGUUCUCCCGCCUUACAAAACAUUUUACCGGACGUCGACUCAAACGUCUGUCCGGCUCCAUCUCCUAACAACAACUCUUCUUACUCACUACAUAAACCUUACCACGAACGUUCUUAUAAAGAUAAAUUUUUUAUUUUGACAAUUGAACGACACUGUUUAACACUACUUACUGCUCCUAUAUAUUUCCCUCCCACACCAUGCCAUUCUGCAGAGCUGUUCACCCUCCGGUGACAUCAUCCGCCACCAUGCUCAGAUACGUGAGCAAACCGUCUAGCCAGAGUCUUCGGGCUUUCUCGUCGUGUGGACGCCUAUACACCUCGUCAAAGCGUGAUAUGCAAACCGCUUCAGCCUAUCGUCCUCACUCGCUACCGACCUCCUUCCCCUUCCCCCGAAACGCUGGCAUUCCCGAUACAUCUAUUUCAGCCGACUACCCUCCCAACCUCGAGAACAUGACACAACAGAAGCAACAAUCAGUCAUGUCGCCUAACGUGAGCCUGAGAGAAAAGGAGGCACAGCAGUCCAAGCCUGUGGAGUCAUCCGCCAAGAAGCCCGCCGAAAAGCCGAGAAGAAAGCUGCGCCCUCGCAAGGCCGCCAUGAAAGUCACGCCUAUAGCAAUUGAACAACUACGUAAAUUAGUUGCUCAACCGGACCCCAAGUUCAUUCGUGUCGGCGUGAAGAACAAGGGCUGCUCUGGUCUCGCAUACCAUCUUGAAUAUGUGGAGAAGCCCGGUAGCUUUGACGAGGUUGUAGAACAGGACGGUAUCAAGGUCCUGAUUGACAGCAAGGCGCUAUUCAGUAUUAUCGGAAGUGAGAUGGACUGGCACCAGGACAAGCUGAGCCAGAGAUUCGUUUUCCGCAACCCCAACAUCAAGGAAUCAUGCGGAUGUGGUGAAUCCUUCAUGGUCUAAGCCGGAAAAAUACGAAUCUCGAUAACUUUCUUUCGACUUGAUCUUUUUCAUUCCUGGAUGCAUCGAACGGCGUUUUACGGCAAGGCUUUUUGGGUUACAUAUUUUCUCUGUACAUUGCUCGAUAUACCACGUUGAUUUUGGGAGUCC